UUGUUUCCCGUAACUUAUCAAAAUAAGAAAAGUGAAGGAUAACCAAGAAGAAGAGUCAAGGAGGUCUUGUGCGGGUUUUUUCCCCCAAGGAGCUUGCUUGAUAGCUGAAAUUGUUUAACAGAUGAGUAUUGGCAAUACACAGUGCUAGCUAUCUCAUUUCAAAGAAAUUGCACCUCGUGAUACAGAGACGCGACCGCAUAUGCACGUUACUGAUAUUGCUGUCUUGUUUGGAGUUUCUUGCGUUGACUGGAACACAGCAGCCAUCUGGCUGAUACACUGACCACCGCGAAUAUAGCUUUGAUCUUGAUAAAUUCGCUUUACCAUGGAUUACAUGAUUUCUGUUCAGAACAAGAGACGACUCGAAGACCUUGAGAACCUGGCACAUUUUCAUCAAAACAAACGAUUGUGCAACGGUUUGGGAAGCUGUAGUAAGGUUGAAUGUGGCGCGGUGGGGGAGAGCCCUAUGGAUACAUGGGAGAUGCAACAGCAGGGCCUCCAAAAUAGCAACGCAGUCGCAAGCCACCACGAGACAAAUCUGGUGUACACACCACAAGUUGUGACAUCACCACAGUUAUGUCCACGAUGCAUGGCAGGAGAAUCGGGCCACAUUAAGCAUAUAAUGGGAUACUGAGCAUUUCAACCUGCGGUUUCUGAAGAAACAAACCAGGCAUAAUGAAGGACAGAGAGUAACAUUGACUGCACUUCACCUGUAGUGCAUGUCUUUGCGUGCCUUGCAUAUUUUUGAAAAGUACUGUAUUGCUCCAGAUUUUUUUCCUCAAGGUUUACAUAAGAACACUUGUAUUUUAAAAGGGCUACUAAUGUAAAAAUGAUUACUAUAAAAAAACACUCUGCCUUUUAAGGGAAAGAUGACCGUAUAAAUGUCA